AAGUACACACAUAUAACACCGUGGACCACACAGUUGGGGAGCUUAUUUGUCCAAACAAGUAAACAACCGAAUUGGGGGCUGCAAGUAUACGUUGCGUUUAUACUGCCGAAACUGAAACUCAUAAUUCUUUGUAUCUCCGAUAAUCAAUCAUAAUUCAAACAGAGGGAUGGGUGGCAGUUGGUUGUUAACGCCUCCUCCUAUUCAUCUCGGAUCCUUCCCCUCCAAAAAACACCACCAAUUUCAUCACACACUCUUCUUCAAAAAUCACUAUAUCAGCAGCCCAAGCCUAUCCAGUAGAAGAAUAUAUUGCAACUACAAUAAUAAUGAUAAUUAUGAUCCUGCAAGUAAUACCAAUAAACCGCAGAGAAGCUCCAUCCAACUUUACUCCGAGAUUGAGAGAGUAAUUACAGCGACUGUGGCACAAUCUCAAGUUGGUUUCGGUAGUACUGGAGAUUGGACCGAAGUUGAGGGAGCAUGGAUACUGAAACCAAGAAACUCAACGCCAAGGGCCAUUGUUCAUUUUGUUGGAGGCAUAUUUGUCGGUGCUGCUCCUCAGCUUACCUAUCGAUUGUUUCUGGAGAAGCUUUCUGAAAAGGGAAUUUUUGUGAUUGCGACACCUUAUGCCAGCGGUUUUGAUCACUUCCUCAUUGCAGAUGAAGUGCAGUUUAAAUUUGAUAGGUGUCUUCGGUUUCUGCAAGAACCAGUGCAAGAUCUUCCUACUUUUGGAAUCGGCCAUUCCCUUGGAUCUUUAGUUCAUCUUUUAAUCGGUUCACGAUAUGCUGUGCAAAGAAAUGGGAAUGUACUAAUGGCAUUUAAUAACAAGGAAGCAAGCAUGGCCAUACCAUUAUUCUCACCUGUUAUUGUUCCGAUGGCACAAAAUUUUGGACCUUUUCUGUCUCAGAUUGCUUCAUCUUCCACGUUCCGUCUUGGGGCAGAGAUGACUCUAAAGCAACUCCAGAAUCUUAGCCCUCCGAUUGUGAAGCAAGCUCUUCCUCUAUUUGAGCAACUUCCUUCGUUGUACAUGGAGUUGGUCAAUGGGAGGGACAAUUUUAUCCCAAAACCAGAAGAAACUCAAAGACUGAUAAAAUCAUAUUACGGCAUAUCCAGAAAUCUUUUAAUACGAUUCAAGGAUGAUACAAUCGAUGAAACACCAGCCUUAGCACAGGUUCUCGGCUCAGGUUCAAUCAGCUCAAUGCUUGAUAUGUCAAUUCGAUUAUUACCUGGGGAUCACGUCCUUCCUUUACAGCAGGCUCUUCCAGAUGUUCCCCCAACAAUGGUAGAUGCAGUAAACAGAGGAGGAGAAUUCUUGGCAAAUUUGACUGCAGGAACACCGUGGGAGCCAGCUACUAAAGAUGUAGCGAACGCACUUGGUGUAGAGUCAACUAUACUUCGUGCAGGAAUUUCAAAGGAUCUGGAUAUGCUUGUAGAUGUGAUCAUAUCUUGGAUCAACUUCAAUAUGGGUAAAAAACAAUUAAGUGACUGAGAUACUGGAUAUCAUGAGUUCAAAUAAAGCAGUUGAAUGUAUAUAUCUCUGACAGUUUACAGUUCUCUACUCUUAUACGUACAAAAGUGUAUACUGGAAGUCUUCUACUAACUAUCAAUUAGAAAGAAGAAUUAGAUAUUUGUAACAUUUGUUUGGACAGUUAAUAGUAAAAUUUGCUCUAUAUUAUUGUCUUGAUA